UUCACGUGUGAUUUAGCGCGAAGAAGUGGGAACAGACAGAUGAGGUGAAAUGUUCUGCAAAAUACUCGUUUCUUGCUAACUAUAAACCAUGGAUAAAACACUAGAGGAGUGUUAUAUAACCCUUGGGUUAAGUAGCCAUGCAACAAAAGAGGAAGUCAGAAAGGCAUACAAAAAGCUAGCACUAAAAUGCCAUCCAGACAAGCACCAAAAUUCACCAGAAGCUAAUAGAAAAUUCCAAGAACUUGGCUAUGCAUACAAACGAAUUGCACAAGAUGAAGAACUUGAAGAAAUAAAUGAAGACUGUUCAGAAUUUGAUUAUUGGAUGGAGGUGUUUUUUUAUUGUUUGUUAAAAGAACAUGUCCAAGUUCACAGAAACACUAGAGAACACUGCUGCCCUAAUUGUGCACAGCAGGAUUGUGAUGAAGAUGAAGAAUUUCUUGACGGUCUUUACAAGAAACACAAGAGGAAACAAAGGGAAACGACUUUCACAGAUGAAGAGAUGAAGCACUUUGUCAAGUUCAACUCUUUAAAGGAGCAGCGUGAAUUCAACAAGAAAACAUUUUGUGAUUCAAAAAAAUCAUCCAAACCAAAGAAUGACCCUAAAGUACAGAAGGUAAAGAUGAAAACUAACAAGCAGCUAAAAGCAGAGCAAUGGAAAAAAGAAAAGGAAAUAUCUACGAUUGCAGAAGAAAUUGAAAUCAAGAAAAAACAGGAGGAGCAGAAAAUUGAGCAUGCCAAGGAAUGCAAAGAAAUGAAGAAAGAGAAAGAGAAAUUAGAAUGUACUGAGAAUGGAAUAGAGAAUGAAGAACAAGUGAAUGGAAACAGAAAGCAAACAAAAGAAAAACCUAAGAAAAAACAUAAAAAGGAACGAGUAAAAACUGAAGAUAAUAAUACCCAGAAAUUUGAAAGACAACAACCCAAAACCUGUAAAUCUACAACCCCAGCAGCUGCAAAGCCAGCAGCUACAAAGCCAGCAAAAAGCAGUAGUGGUAUAAAAAGAAAUGGUAUACCAAGUAAACUGAUAGCUCCUGUAUUUAGACCUUCAAAACCAGUUCAACAGCCAGCCAAACGUCCAACACCCAUUACAUCAACACAGUCACCAAAUAUCUGGAUGAAGAGAUUAGAAACACAGAAUGAAAUCCGAGAAAUACAACCAACUAAUGAAGAAGAAGAGUUAAGACAAUUAGAAAUUGCCUUAGAAAUGAGUAAGAAACAAGUGGAGAUUGAAAAACAACAAAAACAAAUAGCUGCCCUACAGGAAGAGAUACGCUUGAUGACAUUAGAACAAGAAAAACUCCAAGAACAAAGCCCUGAAAAACGACUUUCAGAUACCUGUGAAGCAGACUCCUUUCUUGACAGUGAAGUAAAAUCUGACAUGCUAACCGAUGCUGAAAAUCAUAAUGAAAGACUUGGUGAUAAUGAUAUUUUAAAAUUAAAUGAGGUUUCAGCUGACUCACAAGUAGCAAAGACAAAUGAACAGGACAAGAAACAGUUGAAUAUCAGUUGUGAUUCAGGUGCUAUGGACGAUAUUAAUCGAAAUGAGUGUGAUUGUACCUGUACUCAUGAAGUGGAUAGUACUCUCGAUGCAAAUUAUGCACCUGUAUUACAUGAACCACAAGAGCAGUUCUUUAGACCCUGGAAAAAUUCAAAACAUCAAACCCAAGCAUGUGCCUCAAGGGAAAAGAGUAAUGUCGAAAAAAAUAAGCCAUGUCCUUAUGGAAGAAAUUGCUGUUUGGGAAAGAAGUGCAAGUAUUCUCAUUUUCUAGCUAAAGGAGGAGGUGGAGUAAAUCACAAUCAAAUUUUAUGCAGUGAGGCUAAACAACAUCAAUCACAUGGCGUAGUAGAUACCAAGAUCAUUGAUGGAAUAGAACAUAAUAAAAGCUCUACUUCUAGUCAGGUUGCCAUGGCAAAUCAAUGUGGAAUUAUGGAAAACCAUUUACUGGUACAUGAGGAUUGGGAUAAAGAGAUUGAAAACAAUAAAGUACUAUCUACUGCUUCAAAUUUGCUCCAUGGUUUGUCAAGCUCUUCUUCAGUAACAGAAUUAAGUGAACCAUGGCAGAAAGGUCAGAAUUCAUGUUCUGUUGAAUCAAAGGGUGGUAAAAAGGAUUCUAAUGGCUGUGAAGAAAAAGAAUAUGAGAAAAAACCAGUGAUUUAUUUGCAGUUUGAUGUUACCAAUGAGAUUUGUGCUACAGAAGACUGGGACCAUGAAGUUGAAGACAGUGAUGUUUUAGAUCCAACAGUAACUAGGAACUCCUUCUCACAUUUAACUAUAUAUCCAACAUCAAUGACAGAAGGGCCCUAUGAAGAAGUCCAAGGGAACUCAUUCUCACAAACUAAAUAUCCCACAUCAAUGACAGAAAGGCCCCAUGAAGAAGUCCAAGAGUUUAAAGCCAUAACGCCAGAUAAUAGUAUGCCUAUAGAUAGCAAGACAAGUUAUACUAUCCAGCCCUCUGUCCCUCACAUCAUACAUUGUGGAGAAGGCAGCUUAAAUUGUCAUGAUGGUAAAGACAAAGAAAUCAGUAAGUCAAGUGUAUUAAUUGGAGAAAAUGCAGCAUGUAUGUCAAGCACGUGUCAUGAAAAAACUGAUACAAGCUGGGAGGAACAAAGCCAUGCUUCUAAUAAUGGACUAAUGAACAAUGUCCACAUUCAUGAAAAUUGCAGGGAAUGGCAACAUGAAUGGGAUGCAAGCUUUAAGGUAAAGCAAUCAAGAAACAUUACUCAACAGGCUGUUGUUGAAGAUGCAAGAAUAAAGCAAGUACAUCAUACCUUGCCUAUAACUUGUCAUCAAAGGACUGCACCUGGUAUGUAUCCAGUGAUUACUGAUUCUGACCAUUCAAAUCCUUGUACAAACUCGACUCAGGUACCACAGCAUUGUCUACCUUUCCCCAGUGUUGGCAUGCCUAGUGUGAUUCCAGGCAGUACUGUCAUGCAUCAACCAGGGCUUUAUAAUAUACCCCAAAUGCCGUCUUUGUUUAUUCCCCAACUGAAUUGUCCAUAUGUGCAGUUGGGUGGGUCAGAAGUUCAAUCCCAAGCAAAUUUGCUACCCAAGACUGCCACAGGUUAUUACCCUGGAGUGUCCAAUCAAAGUGAGUCUUCCUCCGCCUCAGCAACAUCUGAAUCUGAAACUCUAAAAGCAACUUGUAAUUCAUAUUCAAGUAUUUCCUCAACAAAACAAGCUCCACACCUCACUAUGCCAAAUUUCCCUGUUUUGCAAAACAUGUAUUUUGGUUUCCAAGGAAACGCUCCAAAUGUUUGCACAGGAAUUUCAUCCAACAUGAAUAGUGUUCCAAAAAAUAUACAGCAACGUUCAUUGAUGGCAGUACCAUUUCCACUCAUUCCUGGAUUUCUACCUGCAUUACCACAUCAAUCACUGUUAACAAAUAAUUUGAUAAACAUGUCAAGUACAGUUGGAAAGGAAAGUAAUAACCUACAGACAUUGAGCAAGCUUACAUCAGGACCUGUCAAUGACUACAGUUUGAAUUACAAGUCUUCUCCAUCAUUGAAUCCUUCAAAAGGAAGUAGAGAUUGGUGCACAGUCAAUGGGCCGAAUCCAAUUCAAUCCAAUCCAUUAAUAGCUCUGGAAUCUAACUAUCAUGCCAUACUAGAAAUGCAAAUGAAUAGAGCACCACAGAAUAAAGACAUAUCUUACGCUAAGGAACACCAAACAAGCACACUGCAUGUUGCCGAGGAAACAUCUCAAAGUACACCAGAUGGGGAAAAAAUCAGUGACAAUUAUAGUGAAUCAGAAUAUAGAAAGAAAAAUGAAGACAUGUUGAAGAUGAAUGAUAUUAGAAAACCCUCGUCAGUUCCAAAAGCAUUGAGUUAUGCUGAAAGACAUCACUAAGACUACAAUGGCAUUUAGUCUUACUAUAUGUUAUGUCAAAACACCCUCAGGGGUUUACUUCCACAACACUAAAGAACUUCUCAUCUGUCUAACUGAGCAUCUUAGGGUUCAAUGUGAUUCUAGAAAAAAAGCCCACCAUAUUUUUAAGUUCCAUGUUCUUUCACUAAAAAAAAGAGCUUUAUUAUUAACGUCUGUAAGUUUUUGCAUCUUUUCAUGUUGUAAAAUUUACCCUUUUAUCAUUACUGUAACCUUAUUCAUAAGUUAGCCAUUUACAGAUAGCAUUAAAAGUCUUUGGGAUUUCAAAACAUCGUUAUUAAAUCAACUUGUACAUGCUUAACAUUAAAGUUGCUUCUUGCAAAUGAUUUGCUCUUAAAGCUCAUUAACUUUUAGUUGUAAAACACAGAUGUAUUUUUCAAAUGAGAAAAGAGGCUAUUGCUCUAUGCCUUCACAUUUGUAAAAAUGUAACACCGAUUUAUCAGAGUUAAUGUUCAUAGAAACUACAAAGCUUUUUCAGUAAGAUUUAUUUCAUAUCAUACAAAUAAUUCAAAGUAUUCUCUUUCUAAUUUGUUGGGAAUGAGAAAUUGAAAAUAUGUCAUGACAAGUAGGACAUGAUAAAAUGAUGUAAAUAAAUCAAGUACCUACAGUCUGAGUGUGUUUAUGGUCUUACCCCUAUUUUGAGUGACAUUAAAAAUUAAACCCAUUAUUAACUAAUUAAGAAAGAGGAGUGUGAAUACAUCUGCUUGAUAUAAGUGAAAAAAGUUUAUUAAUGAUUUACUGUGAUUUUCAAACUUGGAUAUAUUUCAAUGGCUUGUUGUAAAAUUGGUUUCUGACUGCUGCAAGUCAAAAAUACCAACUGAUUAUUUUUGAUUGACGGCAGCAAAAAACCCAAUUUCAGCAUGCAGCUCGCAAUUACCAAGUUUGAAUAAAUAUUGAAAAGCACAGUAACCUUCAUCUGGAACAGAUUCAAUGGAAAUCAAAUUGUGUCAUGAAGAAGGACUAAGACAAAUCUACAUGUAUAUCAUAUAUAGGUUUUUGUUUUGGACACAUAAUCCUUACAAUAUAACACUAAAUGCUCUAUAGAUAUCAUUCAUGAUUUAAUUCAUUUAGACAUUGUCAUUUUGUUAAUCUAUAUUAGCCAUAACAAGGUUAAGGGAAAACCUGGUACUAUCGUCGUGUACGGAUUAACGAAGUACGUCAUAGGUUUCCGAACACACGAGUGGGACUUAGAAAUUUUGGUUCUCCUCACUU